GAAAGAGGUUGUUGUAGUCCUGACAGUCGAGCACUGAAAUCUGACAUGAUUCCCUCUCGUUUCUCCUUGCUGUUCGUCUGUUUUGCCGUUCUCCUUGUAACGUGCUUGGCUGACGAAGAUGACAUCGAUACAAAUGCCAACACUGUUACAAUUCGGGGAUUUGACACUUCAGUCAGAAUAGAAGGCAACACAGGAAAAAUAAAGGCAGUUCAUUUUGACAAGGAUGAUGAUGAUGAGGAAUUGGAGGAAGAGGACUUCGAAGACGACGAUGAGAUGCUAACAUUUCAAGUUGACUCUAUGGAAGAAAAAGAUUCGAAUGGAAAUGUGGUCGGUCUUACCGGUCCCACACAAAAGAAACAUGCAUUGAAGUCCUUGGAAACUCAAAUUCAAAAGUUCACCUUCUCGUCGUUGGAUAACUCUACAACUUAUCAAGGACUCCCUGUCAAACGUAUCAACUUGUCUGUUUCCCUGGCUGGUCCUCAAGCAAACCUACAAAUUCAGGUGGUACUAUUUCUGAAGUCAGGAAAAAUCAAAUUUGGCAACGAGUCAUUUAAUGUUCGAAGUGGAACUUUCAAAUUUAAUAUCAAAGUUAGUGACUGGCAGUUCUGCGGCAUGAACUCCGAUGUGUGCAGAAAUAAAGCUACUGGUGCGAACGAAAUAGGUCAGUUUCUUGAUGUCGGAAUGAGCAUCAGAAGCGUGGCAGAGGAACCCGAAGAAGUGGAUGACGAUGAGCUACCAGGAGAAGAUAUUUGUGUUCCUGAUGAUCCCAAUGAUAAAGACGACUGUCCUAAAAUAUUCAACAUGGGUGGAAACUCAGAAAUGGUGCUCAAUAAAGGGGCUUUAACAGGAAACAACGAAUACGUUCUAUUUCCACCAGGCUUUCCAAAGUUCGAGCGUAACGGAAUGGUGAAAAGGUUCGUGUUCCGCGUCCCUAGGUUCAACAACACGAUACUAAUCGAUCCCAGCGUCAAUGUUGGCACAAUGAAAAUCAGCAAAUCAGGAGCAAGGCACAGUGCUGUAGAAUCUCCUCUUUUCUUCUCUAUUGUUUUGUUGCUGUGUAAGCUUGUGGCUCACUAAUUACAAGUGAGGAAAAAACUGUGGGAGGCUGUGGAUGCUGGUAGUAAUACUUAAAUAAAUUUGCUUUAUUUGCUUCAUUGUAAAGAAAAUGAUUUAAACCUGAAAAUAACAGUCGAUCGGUAAGUGCACUCAUGCCGCUCCAGAUAGUUCUUAAAAAAUGGCCGUUUUCGGUGGGAGAGACAGAUGUUUCAAAAAUAUAGUUGGAAGCCAUCAUCAGAGUUAUGUGAGGAGGUUGUGGUCAGUCGAAUGUUUUGAAUCUUGGCUGAGAGCCCUUGGUAGCGUUCAUCUGUCGACCGUACUUUUCCAGACUACCCUUACCCGGAGGAUCACACUACACGAUCAAUUGUUUUAAUAUGAUUUGCUAGGAAUUCCAAUUCACAUCUAUAAGAAAUGCUCAAUAUGCACUCUGCAGCGUAGAUUAAAAUGCACGAGCAUGGGUAAUAUAGAGAAUUUUUAUUAUAAUAAAAAGUGAUAUUUGAAAAUUC